UCGAUGCCGGUGAGGAGGGGGAUGGGCACCACUGCAAAUGUUAAGGACCUGAGAUAGAAUCACAGCCUUGUAACACAGAGAGCUGUGCCUACCCCAUAUAAAUAUCGACCAUAAUUAUUGUAAAACAACAUUAUAAAUGGAUGCAACCAAUAGGAAUUCAAAAUAACAUUCGAAGGAACUGCUAUGGCCCAGACAGAAGAGGGUAUGAAACUUUCACCCACUGCGUAAGGGACAUUAAGAAGUUUGGAAGGUACCCCGGGAGAGGGAGCUACCUCUCGGCUUACAUCUUACAGGAAAAGCCGAGGUCGCAAGGAGAGGCCUCGUUGACUGAUUCGCCUUGAUGUGGGAAUAUUUAAAUACAGACAAUUGUCAAAAUAGGAUAUUUAUCUGAACUGAGUUGGAAUGACGGGCUGGGUCUCCUGAUGUGCGUGAGGUGCUGUGAGUGGCACUGCGGCGCCCCGCCUCUGGUGUGCUCUGUCGCUGCCAUCCGGACCUCGUGAUCCCUUCCUCCCUCCUUCCCCCUCCUCUCCUCCUCUCCCCCUGCCCCUCCAUCCCUCUCCCCUCCCCCUUUACCCCCCCUCCCCUGCGGCGCUGUGCUUGAAGUCAUGAGCAUAGCAAUCGCACUGGGAGUCACCACACCUGAGACACCUUACACAGACAUGGCCGCCGGUUCAGAUCCCGAGUCAGUGGAAGCGACGCCUGCAGUGAACGAGAAGACCUACUCCAACCACAGCUGUGGGAGUGCACAGAGUCAUGGCUACCGGGGCCUGCCCUACGCUGAUCAUAACUAUGGAGCUCCACCCCCUCCCACCCCUCCCACCUCCCCACUCUCCCAAACCAUCAUCCCCCGACUGGAGCUCAAUGGCGCCCUGGGCUGCCCCCGCCCCCGCUUCCACCCCAACAACCCUGACAACUCAGCCGACAGCGAGAGCUCAUCAGAGGAGGAGGAGGGCGCCGUGCCGGCCGGCUGGUGCCGGUGCCAGUGCCGCUUCACACAGGACGGCUACCUCAUCAAGUGCGAGAGCUGCAGGGGUCUGGACAGGAGGAAAGGGCUAGAUGGACAGCGUCGCAAGCAAGACAAUGUGUCGGUAGGAGAGAGCAGCGCUACAGAAAGUGGAGACGAGGAAGUGUCCGCUGCCACAGUGUCGUACACGGCUACUCAGCACACACCCACCAGCAUCACUCUCACCGUCAACAGAGUAAAGCGCAGCAAAGCCAAGAAGAGGAAGAAGAGCACAGAAAAAACACGUGCCACCCCUAAAGCCAAGAAGGUCAAGGCUUUUAGAGAAGGUUCCAGAAAAUCCUUGAGGAUGAAGAACUCCACCAGCGAGGCGAGCGUGUUGGACGAAAACACAGCUGAAGGCUGGGAGACGCGGAUCCGCCAGUGGACGGACCAGUACGAGGAGGCCCAGGUCAACCAGUACAGCGCUGACGUGCAGACACUGCUGCAUGUCCAUCGCUCCGCCUCCAAGGGCUCACCCAGUUCUCCUGCACUCACCAUGGACACCAUCAACCGCACAGAGUUGGCCUGCAACAACACCGUGCUCAGCUCACAGAUGCAGUUACAGCUGGGUCGUGUGACACGCGUGCAGAAACACAGGAAAAUCCUACGAGCUGCGCGGGAUUUGGAGCCCGACACGCUCAUCAUCGAGUACAGAGGCAAGGUCAUGCUCAAACAGCAGUUUGAGGUCAACGGCCACUUCUUCAAAAAGCCCUACCCAUUUGUCCUGUUCUACUCCAAGUUUAACGAGGUGGAGAUGUGUGUGGAUGCACGGACAUAUGGUAAUGAUGCUCGCUUCAUCAGGAGAUCCUGUACACCUAAUGCUGAGGUGCGGCAUAUGAUUGCAGAGGGAAUGAUUCACCUGUGUAUCUAUGCUGUCACUCGCAUCUCUAAAGACUCUGAGGUCACUAUUGGCUUUGACUACGAGUUCAACAGCUGUAAUUAUAAGGUGGACUGUGCAUGUCAUAAAGGCAAUCAGAACUGCCCAGUUCAGAAACAUAACCAGAGCCCCCUCGAGUCUCUGCUGCCCCCACCACAUAACCCUCUGCUUGCCCUUCCGGGGGCGGAGACUCGCAGGAGGCGUGCCCGGCGGAAAGAGCUAGAAGGGAGUGGUGUCAUUGGGGGUGUUUCUGAUGAAAGCAACCAGCUCCUGGAUGAACCUGGGGAGGCACAUGGAGCUAGUGAUGCAGAGGAGGGUCUGGUAGAUGGACUGAAACGGGAGGAGGGGCAGGAGGACGUAGAUGAAAUUGGAGUCCUCAUGCCAAACAGACGGUCCCGAGAGGACCGGAAAGCUGAGGCCAUCAUGCAUGUGUUUGAGAACUUGGAGAAGAGGAGGAAACGUGGCUCUCAGGGCACGGAAAGGGGUGGCCCUGAUGACCUGAAACAGGAAGGGGUGGAACCUGAGGAAGGUGGGGUCUCCUCCCCCAACCCUGGUCCAAAUGCAGGCACAUUGGGAGGAGUCAGCACGCGGCGCACCUCAUUCGCUCCUGACCCAGCAGUCGCCUCAGUUGAGUCGGAAAGGGUCCCCUCUGCCGCCCUCGCCGCCCCCAAACCUCCCCCCGCCCGCUCCUCCAAACCACGGCCCAAGAGCCGCAUCUCCCGCUACCGGUCGGGCUCGGCCCAGCGGGCACGGCGCCAGCGGCAGGCCCUGCUGGCACAGCAGGCGGCCGAGGCGAGUGCAACUAUUGGAGGGGAGGAGGGGGGCAGUGCUGCUGGCCCGGGGGAGCUGGGGCCCGGGGACGGCGCAGUGGGGCCCGGACAGCCACAGGAUGGGGAAGGCAGUGGAGCACCUUCUGUAGCGCCGGGCAGCAAGGCCAGUGUUAGAUACCCCAAAACCAAAAAGUACCUUGUGACAGAGUGGCUAAAUGACAAGGCUCCAGAGAGGGUGGAGGAGCCCGUGGAGCGGCCCCUGCGUAUCACCACCGACCCCACAGUGUUGGCCACCACGCUCAACAUGCUGCCAGGCCUGGUGCACUCCCCCCUGAUCUGCACCACCCCCAAACAUUAUGUGCGCUUUGGCUCGCCCUUCAACCCUGAGCGGCGGCGCCGGCCCCUCACCGUUGACCCCGCCUACGGCUCCUGCAAGAAGAGGUGGAUAAAGCAGGCGCUGGAUGAGAGCAUGUCAUCUGGUUCUAUGGAAGAUGGCACCAACUCCACCUCUUCACACCAAAGUAACAGCAGCUGCACGGCCUCCUUUCCCUCCAGACCCGAAGUGACGGCACCCUUUAAAAAGAGGAAGUCAAAGUAUGCAGCUGAGACGGUGGCCCCACCUCCUGACCUUCUGCUGCGACCCCUGUCCCCCAUCACGCCGCCGCUGCCCUCUGAGCCCUCCCUGAGCGCGCUGCACCCGCCGCUGUCAUCAUGCUCGCUGUAUUUAGGGGCUGAAGAGGAGAGGCAGAACGGCGGCAUGCUGCCCUUCUCUCCUCUCACGUCCCUCCCCGCCAGUCGAUGCAACACACCUCUGCAGUUUGAGAACAUCUCAUCUCCUGAGGCAUCUCCUGUACACCGACCAGAGUCUCUUUCUCCAGAGCCCUGUUUGCGGUCAGACUUGGACACACAGCGGAUCACUGCCUUCCCCGAGCUGUCCAUGACUUCCAGCCUUGGCAGUCCAACCCUUGUGUCUGAUGACUUCCCCCUGGCUUCCUCAGACACCCUGGGUGGCUGUGGAAGUGGAGCCUGCCUCACUCCGGCCCCUGGACCCAAUGUCAGCGAAGCUUCUUUAAGCUCACGCUCCAAUGAGGCCCAGGCUCGAGACCAGGUGUUUAGGACCGAGUUCAACCUCAUCUACACCUGCUCUCCCCUCAAUGCCAACCUCACCACUGGCCCUGCAACUGACAGGCGCCACUCCCAAUCAGAGGGCAGUUUUUCACCUGCCGAGUCCUACUUCAGCAAUGUGAGUGGCCAGGGUCUGCUUGCAGAGGCGGGUUCUGGUUCUCUCUCGCCCUACCCAGAACCUCACUUUGGAAGUGGCACACCUCCUCAUACCAGCAAUCCACCACAGAAGAAGAAGAGGGCCAUGGGGAGUGGCGUUAGUCAGCUGCCAGGCUUGCCUGGUUACCAGGCACUAACUGUAAGGGGCGAAUUCAAGCCAGGGCAGAAUAUGGUCUCUUUGCUGGAGUACAGAAAGAGAAAGCAGGGGGCACGGGACCCUGAGCCUGGAAGCUCCAUGGGCACCCCCACACGCUCUGGCUCUCUCUGCCAGAACACAGAGUCCCCGGGUGGGCCACGCUUACUGCUGCAGCCCCCUGCCUCCCCACACAGCUCAUUCUCCUCUCCAGCUCACCAGGUUUUCCCACAGAUAGAGGAGGUCAGUCCCCCUGACCUCAGCACCAACACUGGAACUCAUGCUCAGACAUCCGGUUCCCGUGGAGCAGACUCCACUCAGUGGAUGGUGCCAACAUCAGUGGAGAGGCUGAGGGAAGGGCAGGGGGUUUUGGAGAGGGUUCUGAGGAGCAAUCUCAAAAUGGAGCGAGUUCUUAAAAGGUCAGAUGGUGGAGCUAAUGACCAUGGUAACAACCGAGACAAAGAUACAGAUGGAGUAGAAGCGGUUAGAUAUGAUUCCCAGAGUUCAUCUUUGGCCUCCCCCAUGCGAAGUCCUCAGAGGUACAGUCCAUCUGUACACCCACACCAGGUGCAGCCUCACCUGUCAGAAUCACAUCAACAUCUGGAAAGCCCUGCCUAUCACCAGCAGAGCUCCUCCUCCCCAUUUGGGCCCUCUUUUAGCUCCUCCCCUUCACCCUCCUCUUCAACAGUGGGUCAGAGCUACCACCCCACUCGACUAGGCACACCCACUCCUCUACCACAGGAUGCACUCUCCUCUUCAGUACCUCUUCCUUCAGUGGACUCCAGACAGACAGGGGGCGCUCUGCACCAUCACAGCAGCAGUGGCGGAGGAGGGAUGGAUAUGUCGCAUCUCUACUCUGGCAGCCAUCUCAAAGCCAGCGUCUUGAAUAGCAGUCUGUCAGGGCCUGUCAGUGUGCCCACCAGAGGCCAGGGGCACCCCAAAACAGACAGCAGUGCUGCCAUUAGCAGCCAGCCCUCCCAUGGUUCUAGACUAGCCCAGCCACAUACAGUGCGCAGCCUAAAGCCAGGCAGCCCAGGGCAGGCGGUGUUGCAGACGAGCUCCAGGCUUCUGCCAGCCACUGGGGCACAGCACUACCCACAGCGGCAUUUACAACAGUCCCCUAUGCAGGGUUCAGGAGUACGGACUCAGUCUGGGACCUACUAGGACCCGAAGAGUGAGUGAGUGAGUGAGUGAGUGAGUGUGUAUGUGUGAGUGUGUGUGUGUCACCCUCCUCAGCUAAACCUCUAGACAAACUUUGGGUAAGGGGAGAGGACUGGAUGUACAGACACGAGGAGUAUGGACUAAGCCUCUUGUAAUGAUCGUCUCUGUUCUUACGUUCUCUACUUUCCUUUUUUUCUUUUUUUCUUUUUUUUUUGUCUUUCACCAAAAAACUGCAUUUCUGCAUUCUACACAGCCUAACGUGAAAUUCAUUAUCGUAUUGAAAUCAGUGGAAAUUAAACUUUAACAAGACAUUGGGGGUGGGCUGGGGGGUCAAGAGUUAAAUCAUGUGUAAAUUAAAAUUUACCCAUAUGCUUUAAAGACAUGUACAGAUCUAAUGUGCAUCAUAGAUGGUAAAUUGAGUCAGGCACCUGUGCUAAAAUAAAACCACCUGCCGAUGCUCUGUAACCAGGUCGGAACGUGUUAGAUCAGCUAGAGCGUUUGGUGCUUUCAAUUUGUUCGUUCAUCAAAGUCGGGUCAGGCCGUUUGAUAAUUCACUGACAGCAUAAUUUGUCAAUGUUUGUCAGCUUUGUCUGUAGUAGUCACGCAGGUAAAGUCGAUUUGCUUAGCCCUUUCAUUCAUUCCAUCCAGUUGAAGUCAAUCAUUAGUCGUUUAGGCUGAGGGAUCAGGACUGCUCUGUGGCAGUUCCAUUUAUAGUCAUUUUAAAUCUUCUUUUGGUUUUGUUUUGUCACACAUCUGUAGACUCACUCUGUAAUACUUGACAACCACAGAUCUUACGGUGCUGCAGUUGGCUCAGUUUAUUUGUUUGACUUGAUUUCAGGGUUGUUGUGAACCCAGUGUCAUGUUGUCCAAGAUCAGCCUGUUCUCAUAUGACAGCUAUAUCUCUGAACUGGUUUCAUUUUCGUUUUUGAAAUUCGGGUUCUAGCAAUCGUUGAAACACCCUGGUGACUAGGAAUGCACAGGACUUUUUUUGAAAAUGAAGCUGCAGAAAUACUGUUUUUACUCCGUUAUAGGAUUUGUUUCCCUCCCUGUUUUUGAAUCCUGCAGGAUUUUUUUUAAUUUUCAUAUUGUUGAGAAUUUAUUUUUCUCUCCCUCUGACCAAUCAUUGCAUUCCAUAGGCCAGUCAAGGAAGGAUGGGAUGAGAGCCAUGGCAGAAUGGUUUUAAUUGGGAGGACGAAAAAAGACAGACAAAAGUCAAAAUGUUAGCUGCUGGGGUCUCAUAAUAAGUAUUUUAACACAAAGUGCUGCUUUCAGAAGUGUCUGUUUUUUGACAGAAUGCUGUACUUUUGUCUCUUGUCUGAUAUUCAUCACACAGUGAGGUCACCAAGUUGUGCCAAGAUCACAAGAGUGAAACUGAAUAUCCCAUCAAAUGAAACAGAUGCCUGGAACUUGGGAACUGUAGUCUUUGUUUUGAUUGUCUGUUGGGUAGACUAGAGACGGACUGAAGCUACAGUGGCCCAGGAAAAGGUUUUUGCUUUUCUUCCCUUAGUCAAAGGACCUUGCAGAGUUGGGGCAAUGGAUGGGUUCAUUUUAUCAGCUUCUGGAACACAUUUUGACCUUUGACUUUUUUUUUCCCUCAGAGAUUACCUUUCCCAUUUAAGAAAAA